AUGUCUAGAGUGAACCAUUAUCUGCCAUUUUCUCAUUCAUUUCAUUUGUUUCUUGCUCUCUGUUCCUGUCUUGAAGUCUUGCUCUCUGUUCCUGUCUUUUUUGGUCUUGCGCUCUGUUCCUGUCUUUUUGGUCUUUGCUCUGUUCCUGUCUUUUUUGGUCUUGCUCUCUGUUCCUGUCUUUUUUGGUCUUGCUCUCUGUUCCUGUCCUUUUUUUGGUCUUGCGCUCUGUUCCUGUCUUUUUGGUCUUGCGCUCUGUUCCUGUCUUUUUUGGUCUUGCUCUCUGUUCCUGUCUUUUUUGGUCUUGCGCUCUGUUCCUGUCUUUUUUGGUCUUGCGCUCUGUUCCUGUCUUUUUUGGUCUUGCGCUCUGUUCCUGUCUUUUUUGGUCUUGAAGGCUCUGUUCCUGUCUUUUUUUUGGUCUUGCGCUCUGUUCCUGUCUUUUUUUUUUGGUCUUGCGCUCUGUUCCUGUCUUUUUUGGUCUUGCGCUCUGUUCCUGUCUUUUUUGGUCUUGCGCUCUGUUCCUGUCUUUUUUGGUCUCGAAGUCACUCUUUCUCUCUGUCUUUUUUGGUCUCGAAGGCACUCUUUCUCUGUGUCGUUUUUUCUUUGGUCUCGAAGUCACUCUUUCUCUGUGUCAUCUCAAAGUCUCUCUCUCUCUUGGUCUCGAAGUCUCUCUCUCUCUCUCUUGGUCUCGAAGUCUCUCUCUCUCUCUCUUGGUCUCGAAGUCUCUCUCUCUCUCUCUUGGUCUCGAAGUCUCUCUCUCUCUCUUGGUCUCGAAGUCUCUCUCUCUCUCUUGGUCUCAAGUCUCUCUCUCUCUCUCUUGGUCUCGAAGUCUCUCUCUCUCUCUUGGUCUCAAGUCUCUCUCUCUUGGUCUCGAAGUCUCUCUCUCUCUCUCUUGGUCUCUCUCUCUCUCUUGGUCUCAAGUCUCUCUCUCUCUUGGUCUCGAAGUCUCUCUCUCUCUCUCUUGGUCUCGAAGUCUCUCUCUCUCUCUCUCUCUUGGUCUCGAAGUCUCUCUCUCUCUCUUGGUCUUGGUCAAUCUCUCUCUCUCUCUCUUGGUCUCUCUCUCUUCUCUCUCUUGGUCUCUCUCUUUCUCUCUCUCUCUCUUGGUCUCGAAGUCUCUCUUUCUCUCUCUCUCUCUUGGUCUCGAAGUCUCUCUCUCUCUCUUGGUCUCGAAGUCUCUCUCUCUCUCUUUUAUUCUCGAAGUAUCUCUCUCUCUCUCUUUUAUUCUCGAAGUCUCUCUCUCUCUCUCUCUUUUAUUCUCGAAGUCUCUCUCUCUCUCUCUUUUAUUCUCGAAGUCUCUCUCUCUCUUUUAUUCUCGAAGUCUCUCUCUCUCUUUUAUUCUCGAAGUCUCUCUCUCUCUUUUAUUCUCGAAGUCUCUCUCUCUCUUUUAUUCUCGAAGUCUCUCUCUUUUUUAUUCGAAGUCUCUCUCUCUUUUAUUCUCGAAGUCUCUCUCUCUUUUAUUCUCGAAGUCUCUCUCUCUCUUUUAUUGAAAAAGUCUCUCUCUCUUUUAUUUCGAAGUCUCUCUCUCUCUUUUUAUUCUCGAAGUCUCUCUCUCUCUUUUAUUCUCGAAGUCUCUCUCUCUCUUUUAUUCUCGAAGUCUCUCUCUCUCUUUUAUUCUCGAAGUCUCUCUCUCUCUGUCUUUUUAUAUCAGCUUAA